AUGAGUGGGGUGAGCAAAGCGGCGCUGGAUGAGUUGUCGCGGUUUGCGCGGACGCGUGGCCAGGCAAGGCGAGCAGCAGCCAUGCUGGCGACAGCAGGUCAGCAGCAGCAACAGCAGGCCAAAAGGUGGAAGAGUAGCACUAGCGGCAACCGCGCGAGUGAGGAUGGCAACACCAAAACAAAGGUGAGCAGGGUGACGUCGUCGUACUUCUCAACAUCAUCAUCGUCCACAACACGAACGCGCAGUGGACGCCGCCGUGUUGUUGUCAAGUAUGAGGAGGAAGAGGACGUGACAGCUGCGGAGGAAGCACAACAAGAAGCCAGCACACAACAAGGGGCGCCACAGACAGGCAAGCAGGUGCGUGUCACAUCAACCAGAACCACCACCAGCACUGCCUCAGUUGUGGACAGCGUCAUGGAGGACGUGGAAGCGGAGGAAGACGAGGAAGCGGAAAAGGAGCGUCUUCGACGCGCACCGCCAAACUGGGAGACGGUGUACAACAACAUCAAGACCAUGCGCAGCAAGCGAGAUGCCCCUGUGGACACGAUGGGCUGCGAGGUGUUGGCAGAUCCAAGUGCAGACGGCCCAACUCAGCGCUUUCACAUCCUCGUUGCACUCAUGCUUUCCAGCCAGACGAAGGAUGAGCUGACGUCAAAGGCCGUGCGCACACUGCAGCAGCAGCUGCCUGGCGGUCUCACACCGCACACCGUCACCGCAGCAGAAACGCGUGUGCUUGAGGAGUGCAUCUACGGCGUUGGCUUCUGGCGGCGCAAAGCACAGUACCUCAAGGGCGCGUCCACCAUGAUCUUGGCCAGCUUUGGCGGGGACAUCCCACAGACCAUCCCAGACCUCAUCAAGCUGCCGGGCGUGGGCAUGAAGAUGGCCACCAUCACCAUGGCCGUUGCGAACAAGCAGGUGUCCGGCAUUGGCGUGGACACGCACGUGCACCGCAUUGCCAACCGCCUGCGCUGGGUCAGGAACACAAAGACGCCCGAGCACACGCGCGUGGAGCUGGAGCGGUGGAUGCCGCGCCGGCUGUGGGGCGAGGUGAACCUGCUGCUUGUCGGGUUUGGGCAGACCAUAUGCCAGCCGCGGCAGCCAAAGUGCCACGAGUGCUUGAACAAGGACCUCUGCCCAAGCUCGACAGCCAAGACGCGGCGGCGAGGCCAACAGCAACAACAACAGCAGCAGCAGCAGCGCGAGGGGAAGCGCGCGGCCAAGGUGGGAACACGCACGGCAGAGGCAGGUCGGGCGAGCAGGAGGAAGGCGAAAGAAGAACAAGAAGAAGAGAAGGUGGUGGUGGUGGAGGACAACAACAGCUAUGAUGCCGUCAGCACAGUCGCGCGGGUGAAGAAGGAGGAGGAGGUGGAUGUGACGGCUGAUGGUGGCCAGGAGCCAACAUCGUCAUCACCACCACCACAACCACAACCAUCGCCGCCACACCCACGCAGCAGAUCCAGCAGGAGAAGGACGAGAACCACCCGUGCACAAAGGGAGACAGAGAGAUCCAGUUAG